AAUAUUCGAAUCGAGGUCGGCCGACCGGGUGGACGCGUCUCGUUCUCGUCGCUCCGAUUGAUAAUCCAAUAAGUCGCAUCGUUGUUCGCGGCCCCCCCCCCCACCGCGUGCGGAUCCACAUGACAGUGCAUCACGCGCGUCGUCGUCGUCGUCGUCGUCCUCGUAAUUUUGUAUUUACCGGCGAAAAUAUACGGAUCGCCGCAUCAGUAUUCAGUUGUCCGAUAUCGCUGCGCAACGGCCGGUCGUGCGCGUCACUCUGCUGCACGUUCCGACAUGCAUACGUCAACAUGAUAUGGUAAUAUUAUACGAUCCGGGACAGGAAACAUUUAACAAUUUUCGCGUCGUCGUAUGAUAAACAAUGUGCAUGCCUGCUAUGAUAGUAUAAUGUAAUAAUAUUAUUUUAUGAAAAAAAAACCGGCUCGCUGCAGCGUUCGAUAUAUAUCUAUAUAUUAUUAUAUUUAUAUACCGUCGCAGGUACGUCGUUAUACGGUUGUUAAAAUUAAAAUUACUAAAACGCAUCCCCGACGCGGCGGUAGAUUUUCGAACCGGGGUCGCGCGAUCCGUCGAACAAAAUGGCCGGGUAACGUCGUGCCUCCAUAGCACCCCCGUGUCGAUAACCUCAAAAUAAAAAUAAAAUAAUAAUAAUAAUAAUAAAAAGGCAGUGCGCGAAAAAGAAAAAGAAAAAAAGGGAAAACAAUAUAGGGGAAAAAAACCGAUUUUGCCCGACUCGCGUACGAUACUAUUUAGGUCGACCGCGCGCGCGGUUGUUUGUUCGAUAAAAACGAUUUUGUCGCUCAACACCGUUCGCGUUAAGCGGUCAUCGUCGUCUCGCAUGCGUCCCGCCGUCCCCCGCAGCCGCCUGCAGUGGUGGUGGUGACGACGAGCUGUCGCCUGUCCGUCCGUUCGGUGGUGCCGCUGCCUCGUCCGUGAUUCCUGUUCGUUAGUGGAAGUGGUGGUGCGGCUCUCCCGGCCCGUGUGAAAACCCGAUCCCUUCGUGUUCCGGCGUGGACGAUCCGAUGGCCGCGUCCACCGUCCCGGCGGCUUCCGUGGCCGCGCUACUGGUAGUGCUGCUGCUGGUGGUGCUGCUGCCUCCGCCGCCGGCGGCCGCAGCGUCCGGGCAGCCGCCGGGCCGGUGCGCCAAGUCCGAGCUGAGCGCGUGCUACUGCGGCCGGACGACGUACGACCGACAGGAACUGUACGCCGUCAACUGCACGGGAACGGGGCUGAACAUGCAACAGAGCAUCGAAGUGUUCCUGAACCUGCCUAGCGAGACCGAGGUGCUGAUAUUUACCGGCAACACUAUGCCCGAGCUGCCAACAAAUUUAUUUGGCGUCAACAGCACCAUGGACAAACUACGAUUCCUGGACAUGUCCAACAACGGCAUAAAAGAGAUCAAAGGAAAGAGUUAUCAUCAUGUUUCGAACGUUGAACGGCUGAUACUCAACGACAACAAAAUCGGGUUGAAUGGCAUUGGGUUUCAUCAUCCUAGAGUAUUUUCAAACUUUGAAAGUUUGAUAGAACUUCAUCUCACUAAUGCUUUUGCUGAUGAAGGUGUUGUGAACAUAACUGCCGACUUGCAUGAAGUAUUCGUUUACAGUAAUUUAAGUCGGUUGGCCAAACUUCAUCUUGAACAGAAUAAGAUGAGUGUCAUAUUAGAACCUGAUGUCUUCUGCUCAUUGCCUCAUCUCCUCGACUUACAUCUCAGCAACAAUCUACUCACAGGCAUUGAUUUUAAUAUAAAGUGUAUGCCACAUUUGCGUUUCAUUGACUUAGAAGAUAAUCUUAUACGUGGACUCUCUGAAGAACAAUUCUCCGCCUUAGAUGGUGUACAGAAAAAUAGAUCUUUGGCCAUCGACUUGUCCAAUAACCCAUUUUCGUGUGGCUGUAACAUUGAAAACCUAUAUAGUUGGUUGCGUACCACUAAGGUAAGUGUUCGCAACACUGAUUCUAUAAGAUGUAGCCAAGAUUUGCCAAAAAAUCCUCUUGACCCAUAUGCUGCUUAUCGCAACGAUUGUCCAACUCCAAUACGCACCACAUUAAUUGAUGGCGGUCACGGGGGACACAAAUUGGUAAUGCUGUUUGUGUUUUGUGCUGUAGUUGCAUUUUUGGGUGUUGUAGUAUAUGUAUCUAGAUUUGGAUUGAAACGAUUGAGACCUGAAUUUAAUACUUCUUCGAGAAAGAUACACUACACAACUAUUGGAAAAUGUGAAGAACAAGAAAUACAUGUAUGAUAAUAUGACAAAUGAUUAGUGGUGUUAACAGUAUGGUAUGUGGAAAUUCCGACUCAUGCUUUAGGGAAAGACUGAUAAUCGUUUUUUUUUUUUUAAAUCAAUUUAAUUAAAUAAUUUAAAGAGUAUAUUUAUGAAUUGUUACUCUUUUGUAUAGUUAUGUUACAAACAUUUUGAAUGAACAAUUUUAAAAGAAAACAUUUUAAUUUUUGAUUGAUGCAAGUUUUUUAUUAUUUUUAUUAACGACAUUAAAAAAAUGACUGUUAUUUAACAUUUAAUAUUUAUUAUUUUUUUAAAUGAUUUUUAUUGUCGAUUUGUCAUAUAUAUAUUGUUGAUCUCUAAUAUCUCUUGUUCCUUUGAAGUAUCUCUAUUUGUAGGGUGAAAGUAUGGCCAGUCGGACUUUCCACAUCUGUUAAUACCUACUCCCCUUAGUAGCUAAAUAAAACAUGUCGCUUUGUGUUCAUUCACGUCAUGUAUCUGUUAUAAAGGAAACUUAAAGUUGACUUUACCUAGUAUCUGAUUAAGUAUUAUGAAUUUUUAAAAAUCCUAGUGAGAUGUUACAAAAAUACACCGUCCCAAUUUGUUUUUAUUUUUUGUUGCUAAGUGUUAACAUUAUAUAAUUUUUAAAUGAAUGAGCUUUUACAUAUGUAUUUAUGUACUUACAAAAUUACACUAGUUAUUUUUGACUAGCGCAUGUUUUCAACACACUAUUUUAGCCCAUUUUUCCUAAUUUUAAAUUAUUUAUUACUUUCUUGAUAUUAAAAUUUAGAACAUACUUGAGUUUAAGACGUUUAGACAAAUUGUGUCGAUAACGUAUAGUAAUCAUAGGCGCAACUAGACCUACAUUUUUUGGGGUGCUAAUAUAAUAGAUAUUGGAUUAGUGUUCAGUGAACAUUAUAGAAAGCCAUUAAAUAUCUAACUAAAAUUAUAAAAUAAAAACAAAGAAUAGGGUUAAAUCAUUUUGUGGUGCUGAAGUUGUCCUGGCAUCCCCCUAGUUGCGCAUAUGUUCACAUUUCUUGUCACCAAUAUUAUUAUGUAACAUUUAUGUAGUAUACCUUUGUUAUUUUAUUAUCUGUACUAACUUAUGCCUUAUGGAUAUUGUAUUCUUGUUAGACAAUCAAGAAACUCGAGAUGAACACCAAUGGCUUUUUCACAAUAUAUUUGCUAUAAUAAUGAUUAAUAUUUAUUUUACAUUUGUGGUAAACCAUAAUUUUAAUAUACAUUAUUACAUUUAACAAUGUACUCAAAUUUCGUCUUAUGUUACAUCUAUAAACAUUCUCAAGUUUCUUGAAUUACAAUAUUUCUUGUGAUUUAUGUUAUAUGUACAUAUAAAUGCUUAGGAUAUUUAACUUAUUUUUAGAAGUAUACAUUACACGUAAUAAUUUAUUUAUCUAUACUUGGCUAAAAUUUAAUUCUUAAUUAUAUGCAAUUUACAGUGUACAUUUUUAUACCAUUGUUAAAACUUGUUUCUUAUAGAUUUAAGUAUAGCAAAGUAAAUACUUCACAUUUCUCAUUACUCUUCACUUGUAAUCAUAACUUAUACUUAACUGCUUAUUAAAUACUUAGGCAAUUGUUGACAAUCCAAAGUUGCAUAUCUUGGAUUCUAAUGUUAUCGUAAUAAUAAUAAUUAACAUCACACUGUAAACAAACCUUCAUUAAAAACUUAAAAAGACAACAAAAUAAUGUUUAGGCAGCUUUUACUUGUCUCGUAUUACAUGAUUGUUUUAAAGGUAACGUCGUCGGAAUAUUAAAAAUGUUUCAUAUAAAAUGAAAAAAGAAAAAAAAAUUGUUAAUUGUACUUAACAAAUUUGUUGAUGUUUUGUUUUGAAUCUCGGAUUUUAUAACGUUGUUUAUAAUGUGUAUAUAUUAUGAUGAGUUGUGAAGACGCACUUAACACUUUGCGCUCCGUUGUCAGUUAAACGUUUUCUAAUAACACCGUUUUAGCUAAGUAAAUAGAAGACUUAAAAACACGUCGUGUAACGUAUGAUUUUUGCUGGCUAUUUAUCGUACUUGCAGCCGACGUAUUUCCAUUUUGCAGUGCAAAUCCAAGUACGCGUUAUUGUUACUAUUAUUAUAUUAUUAAAUUGGAGCGCAAAGAGUUGAAACGUUUUUUUUUUAUUAUUAUUAUUAUUAUUAUUAUUAUAAAAUAUUAUAUAAAAGAAAAAACAAAUAAUAAAAAAUAUAUAUAUGUAAGAACGCCUUUUUAGUUUUUAAAUUAAAGAAACCCGUUUUAAUAAACAUUAUAUUCUAUA